AUGCUAGCGAUUGGUUAUGUGAGUCUCUUAGUAGUUUCAUUUGUAAACACUGUUGCCGGCAACUGCUUGGUUACCAGAUAUUGUGGUGUUGGUCAAUGUUGUUCGGCGUUUGGUGUUUGUGGUACAGGAGUUCAAUACUGUGGUGGAAGUGGUUCUUCAAACUCAGGAUGGUCAGCUCCACUAUAUAUCGCGAAUGAUUGUCGUCUCGUAGGUUGUCGAGCUGGUUUGUGCUGCUCACCACGAGGACACUGUGGAACUGUAGGCACUUCUUGUGCAACUGUUUCUUAUAACAAGUGUGGUACUACAUCAUGCGGUGUUGGUCUUUGUUGUACACAAUAUGGAUAUUGUGCUCGAGUCGGUGCUCAUUGUGCAUACAAAAAAACAAGCAGUCAAAGUCAACCACUAUCACUUGAAGGAAAAUUUAAAGGGCAAGCAACAUACUACAAUGAAACCAUGGUCAGUGCACAAUACUCAACAUGUGGCGUUGAGCGAGGAGUGUCAUUGGAUGAAAAUAAUCAAAAAGUUUAUAGUGCUGCUCUUAAUCAAGUACAAUUUGAUCCAUACACUGAGCAAGGUAUUCCAAGUUUCAACCCGAUCUGCCAAAAGAAAGCUUUAGUCAAAGGUCCAAAGGGCGAAAUUGUUGUUCGAUUUAUUGAUCGAUGUCCUGAUUGUAAAGAAAAUGAUAUCGCCUUAACUCAAAAAGCCUUUGUUGCAGUUGCCGGAGAACUUGGCACUGGUCAGAUAUCUGUCGAGUGGUAUUUUAUCUAA